UGCUUUAUAACUUAAGAACAAGCUUUAAGGCAGAGCCACUGCUUUGGACGAGCGGCGACUAAACUCCAUAGCUCGCAUUUUUAUGAAGCUCAAAAGCUCGAAAGAAAGGAGUUUUUCUCUUCUUCUCGAGGUGAUCGAUUGAUUUGCAUGGCUUCUCUGCACAAGGCUUUCGAUGGAACUGUCAAGAGGCACCCAUUUUUCUUCGCGCUGCUCAUACUGGGAGCCGCGUUUGGAAUCGCAUGGAGGCUGAUUCUUCGUCCUCGACCACUUCACGUCUCUCUCCAAGAGAUUGACAUCUACCAGUGGAAUCUCACGCUUGGAACUUUCAACAAGAAUCAAAAUUCGAUCGUCUCCUCCUCCUCCAAGCUCCAGUUCCAUGUAAGAAAUCCUUCCUUUUGCUGGAAGAUCGACGUCAAAGAGGCUCAAAUACGGCUCUCGCUCCUCACUGCACACUUCAAGCUCCCUCUUGCCACUGGUAAGGUAGAGUUCUUCCCAAAAACCAUCUUUUCCUUCUGGCAAAGAUCUUUUCUCUCAAGAACUUCUCUUCGAUCGCAGCUAGGGGGAUUUAUCACUGGAGCACGCAAGCAACAAGUGGUAAGAGCUUACGUUAUCGGUGAUAGAGUUCCCUUGUUCUUCGACUCCAAAUACAUGCCACUCCAAGGCUCGCCUUUCAAGCUCCUUUUCGAGGCCGAGCUUCGUUCCAAGCCGCGAUCAAAGUGGUUCUGGGUGCCUUUCGACUACAAGCACCAAUUCGAGUGCCAACUUAGCUGCUCGAUCAAGGAGCUGAGCCAAGGGAGAACCAAGCUUGUGAUUCAAAGUAACUUGUGUGAAGAAAUCUGACGAUGAAGUUCGUGUAAGUAACACUUUCAUUUCUUACACCGAAAGCCAUCUAUGCCCAAAGAAAAAAAAAAAAAAAUCCAUUAUGCACACAAAAACUCACGAAACUCACGCUCUCCUUUUUCACAGCUUCAUGAAGAGAGAUGCCAUCGCCAUAGUUACUACUGCCACGACCCAAGCUCCGGCCUUUCUCGACCAAGCUCCAGAGAAGUUUGGAUUGGCGAACAAUGGUGAUGGUCCGACUAUUAAAAAACCAAGAGAAGGAAUCCAAGUUAGCGAAGAAUGAGAGGCAAA